AUGAAGGCGAGGAAUGGCGCUUAUGAUCCCAUGCUCGAAAUCAGGCAACCCCCUCAGCCGGAUCAAGUAGUUCGGCGGAAUGUCAAGGACAACGGUGUCGUGGGAGAUGGUGUCACUGAUGAUACCGAUGCUAUCAACCACGCUAUAUUAUCCGAUCAAAAUCCAUUCAACCAAAUUGACACAAGAGAUAUGAAGACGUUAUCUGACAACCAACUUGCGGCCCUGGCCGGCCAAUAUUUUGCUCCGGUCGGUCUGUACCAAUACACGAAAAGCUUGCCAUUUUUAGGGACUUUGCAGUGCAACAGGAAGGUAUUGGCGGCGGGUGAAUGGACGGAGAUUAUCGUCGAGUACACUGUCGGCGCCAGUGGUCUCGCAGAUGGUGCGUGGAUCAAGGGGACAUUCAAGUUCUACUCAGAUUGGGCCUUAUUUCAGACUUCAGACCCACGACGGGACAAUUAUGUCUCUGCCGAGUAUGUGCCCGGUGAGCUGCAUCCUGCUCAGACUCCAGCAACGAUUCAGGAUCUGGCAGUCAGAUUCGAUCAAAAGGGCCACGAGCGUCCAUUUCAGAAGGCAGUGAUAAUUGAUGUUGUCGACGGUUACAUGAACCCUGGCGACAAGAUCAUUAUUCGUAUGGGCGACAGGCGUUGGGGCGCACGAGGCACCCGUGUGCAGACGUUUGUGGAAAAAGACUUCCUCAUGAGAUGGUACAUUGACCCUGUGGGAACAUCACGCUUCGCACCUAUCAAACCGGACAUAGCCUUCAACAUUUUGCCAGGAUGUAUUUCGAAAGUCAAAGUCAUCACACCACGCUUGGUGAAGCCGCAGAUAACUUUUCCAAUUCAUUUGCACACCGAAGAUUCAUGGGGCAAUGCGACAACGGACCUUGAAGGAUUGAAAGCGCGAAUCGUACUGGCGAAAGAGGGUGCAGAGCCCGCAUGGGAACAAACACUAUCUCUGCCUGAUGAAGGUUGGACUGUAGCCAGUUCGAACAUCUCAUUGCCUUUGGACGGCGAUUACAAUCUAUUAGCAUCUAUUGUGGACGGGCAUGGCUCGGUCCUGACCGAGAUAUCCGAGCCCAUAACCGCAGAUUCCGUGCUACCGGUCCCCCGCACCUUCUUUGCUGAUCUACAUGUCCAUUCAGAUGACACGGUGGGCACUAACUCGACUACCUAUAACUUCUCGUAUGCCCAACAAGUCGCCGGCCUCGACAUCGUCGGCUACACGGCUAACGACUUCAAUAUUACGAAGCAACGGUGGGACGCAACUCUCGACAUCAUCAAGAACACCAAUUCCGAAGGCAAAUUUAUUCUCUUUCCUGGAACCGAGUGGUGCGGCAAUUCUGCCGCGGGUGGUGAUCACAACGUUGUCUUCCUUGACGACCCCGAUAUCACACCGCCAGAGUUUCCAUUUGACAAGCACGGCAAUGUCGCGCGGAGCUUCGAGUGGAACGAAGAUGGCCCCGCGGAACUGACUCCUGGCGCCUGGCCGCUAGAUGAGGUUUACGCCACAUAUGCUCAUUCGCCGGAAAAGCACCUUCUGAUCCCACACGUGGGUGGACGAAGAUGUAAUCUGGCCUGGCAUCAUCCGCAACUCGAGCGACUCCUGGAGAUCGGAAGCGCCUGGGGCUUGUUUGAAUGGCUCUUGCGAGAUGCCAACAAGCGCGGAUGGAAGCUGGGUGUGUCUGCAAAUUCAGACGAGCAUCGUGGCCGCUGCGGUGGCGGUGUUCCCGGAACCGCCGUGUUCGGAACCAAAGGGGGACUGACCGGGGUGCUAUCUGAUCGAUUGGAGAGAGCCGGAGUGGCCAAGGCGCUCCGCUCCCGAAGAACAUUUGCGACGACAGGAGAACGACUUGUUGGUCUGGUACGGACAGAGGACGGGAAGUUACAGGGUGAUGACGUGGCUGUCAAGGUCGCUAAUGGCGUUUCUCUGAACUAUGGCUUCUACGGAGCCAGCGGGUUCGAGUCAGUAGAGGCAUGGGAUGCCACAGGCAAGAUAUUUCAUCGCGAUCUACAACUCGAGGCAACCCAGACCACUUCAGGUCCAACACAUAGAAAACUCCGAGUCAAAUGGGGUGGUGCCCGUCUUUUCGACAGAUACCGCGAGGCUGUUUGGCAAGGAUCAAUUAUCGUCUCGGGAACGUUGAUCGAACAUGUGCAACCAUUUGGCGGUGUAGUCGACAACCCCGAGGAGGUUGUCAGACUCGCCUCUAAAACGCAGGUCAUCUUUGAUACUCAUACAAGCGGCGACUUUGAUGGUGUCGAUAUCUACUUUACGGCAGACUCUGCCGCACCGUCGUCAGUCAGCGUCACCGGUCAUCUGGGCGGAUAUGUUAAGGUCGGCAACGCCCUGGAUGGCAAUCCCCAUAUAUCUCAACCUACUUUCAGUUUACUAGCCACAACUGAGGAGAUAGGGCAAGUGGGCGGCAAAAAGAUCGACAUCAGGGGAGGCGCAGAGCUAUUUGUGUCUGUUGAGAGCCUUGUCGACGUGCACUUGCCAAAUCGUGUUCAAGGGGACUUUCGUAUUGCUCCGGAGAGCCACGCAGCUGGGGACAGCCAAGCUGUUUACUUUGUAGGAAGGGAAUAUAACGGCGGGAAGGUCAUCACAAGUCCUAUCUUUAUUACGUAUGAGAAUUAG